AUGAAAGCACUCCAAAAUCAUUUAAUGUUCCCUCAAGAAUCUGAAACGGUCCAAAGAAAUUUAAUACAACAGACACUAGGCCAUGACGUUAUAAACCAGGGUAUAAAUAUAAAAAACCUAAUAGAUGAGCAGACUAUAAGUAAAUUAGUACAUCAGGAAUUACACAACAUAUGGGGCUGGUUCACGAGUUUCGGCAAUAUAAUGUCUGGCGUGCUAGGAUUAGUCAUAAUUUGUAAAAUGAUCAUAACACUCAUAAACACUGGGCUAAAUAUCACUUUAUUAUAUAAAACAUUCGGGUGGAGCAUCAAACUUAUUGCGGGCUUAUUCUCCAACGUAACACACCACUUAAUGCAUAACACACAUAAGAAACAAUAUAGUUCCAGCAAUUGCCAGAUUAAAACAAUAAAACCUAAAAGGCAUGAUAAAGAAUCUGAACAAUUAUCAAAUAAUAGGAGACUCUCAGUAUAA